CUGGAUUAUUGUCUUCACUUCCCGCUAUGAGCUUUGUGCUUGAAGGUUGGGUCGCCAGCCAACGCAGGCAAGACGGAAGCAAACUGAGCGUAUGAGUCCAUAUUUGUCCUUGCUUGAUUGUGGCCAAUGGGGACCGGAGAUCGGCCCGAGAUCACAUUCGUGCUGCGAUGGCAUCGUGUGGAAAUCCGUCGGCGGAGAACGACGCCCUAAUGCAGAGGCGUAAGAAAUACGACAAGUCAAAGACGUGUGUCAAGUGUAAAGCAGCGCGCGGCAGCAUCGUUAUCCGGCAUGCCGUGUACUGCAGAGACUGCUUUACGGACCUGCUGUUAUACAGGUCGCGUCGAAUUCUUGACCUCUCCGUGCACGGAGGCUCGGGCAAGAAAAGGAUCAUGAAGGCGCCCGGCAACUUGAUGAUAGGCUACUCUGGCGGUCUGGGAUCCUCCGUGCUGUUGGACCUCGUCACGCGGACGUACUUUACGGACAGAAGCGAGGACUUCGUACAGAGAAGUGGGGUGAACCACCCACGGCACACCCGGGUCUGGGAGAACGCCUACGCGACAUAUAUCGACAUUUCUGCGGCUUUCGAAGGGCUGCAAGACCACACAGAGGAAGCGCGCAACUGCUUAAAGAGGUAUCCAAAUAUUGAACUCGUUUCUCUACGACUGGAGAACGCGUUCGAUGCUUCGUGGUGGCGCUCGACUAGCGGCGGGCCCGAGGGCUCGUUGGCUGUAGAUCUAAACGAUGAGCUUGCGCUGUCGCAUAUUGAUCUUGCCGAUGGCGAAGACGCUUCCAAGAGGGCGCUUCGCCAGUACCUAUCUUCGUUGCCCACCCAAACCGCGGUACAUUCCGCUGUGCAGACCCUGAUAAGGAUGCUUCUCCUGCAUACUGCUGUGUCUCGUGGAUGCUCUCACCUGGCCCUUGGAACUUCGUUGACGUCGCUGUCUGUGUCGUUGAUCGCGUCAAUAUCUCAGGGCGGGGGCUUCGCUGUGCGGGAGGAGCUGGGCGAAGACUGGGUGAAGGAAGGAGCCAGGCUCAAGAUAAUACGACCCCUACACGAGAUCGGGAUGAAGGAAUGCGCCGCCUGGGCAUGGUGGGAGAGCCUGCCAGUGGUCGGGAAGCAAAAGAUACCCGGCGGUAAGAACGGGAUCACUUCGCUAACGAAAGAUUUCAUUGUCGGAUUGGAGAAGGACUAUCCGUCUACGGUCUCUACGAUCGCGAGGACGUGCGCCAAACUGGCGCCAAAGCAAGUUAGCGAAUUCCGAUGCGCGUUGUGUCAACGCCCAGCACAACCCGACAUUGCCGAGUGGAAGGGGAAGACCUCGAUACGAUCCCUCGAUCCCGACGAACAUGCGCCAAGUGCGAGCCCUUCCCUAUCGUCAUCGCUCUGCUAUGCGUGCCACACGACUUUGACGAGUCGGAGUAGUCGCGGAGCCGCAGCGCAAAGCGAUUCGCCCCUGCGGGUGCCUUUGCCUGUGUGGAUAGCCGACGAUCAGACCCAUCGAUCGCACUUGCGCGAGACUCGGCUAUCCCGAGAGCAGAUGAAGGCGACCAUAGCGGACUGUCUGCUAGACGAGUAGGUUAGUUGGACGCUCAUGCAGCCGACGUCCCUUCUGAUUGAGAACGCUAUUCAUGGGAAAUCGACGUAUGUGGAAUGCUUUUCUCAAUGCCAUAUGUCUUGCGAGGAGACUUCUCGCAGGCCGCCAGCUGCAUCACACCAAUGCAGGGCCUAUCAAGCGCUCAGCCAUAUGGAAGGUAAGCCUGGGAAGGACUUCCGUCUGCAAACCACCUGCGGAAGUACGUUGAAGGCAGGGAAAGUACGUACGAUCCAACCGUCUCAAGGAUUCCUUCGCACAGUAUAACUCUCAAAGCGCCUACCCCCGCGGCAGCUGACCUCUUGUGGAUGGCCGCCUUGAGCCUAUCACCC